AUGACGUUAAAACACUUCCUGGUUGACACAAAACCUCAUGUGUGGAUCUGCUGUUUUAAAUGUCUUUGUUUGGGUGCAGCUAUACGUUAUUAUACGACAUUAGCAUUAUUUGGUUUAUACUCUUUUAGUUACAAUGCAUUAAGUGGAUUUAUUUCUUGUCCAUGAAGACUUCCAACAUUUUGACUGCGUUGUUUUGAAUAAUAUACACAAUGACCAGAGCAAGUACUUAUUUGAAUUGGACAACAAACCGUCCAGGCUAUGUGGAGAAAGCCUCGCGGUAUGUGAAGUCCUCCAUGGGCCAGGGCAGAGAUGAUGAAGUACCUGAGGGACCUGCUGGAGCAGAUAGUGACUCUGGAGACAGCCUGUUCAUAACUCAGAAGCCAGUACCUGAGGCCCUGAGGACAGGAGUACGUACUCGCUACAGCCAGUGGGCAAAACCCUUAUCUCCCAGAGACUUACACGAAAGCGAAGAAAACAAAGAAUCGUCAGAUUCCGACGAUGGAGAAUCCCAAUCUGGCAAGGUGCAGAGAAGAAAGAAAAACGUGUUGCCAAAAUUCAGUUUCCCUUUCCUCAAAGAGAAGAAGCCUGAGCUGUUACCUGUACACAACAAACGCCUUCAUAGUUAUUUGGUGGGAGGCUUCUUUGAAUGUGUCAGACUUCUGAGGCAGGGCUGUCAAACAAAAAAGGAUGUGGAGUCAUCUUUACCAACUGUUGACAUGGAUGGGGAGCACAUAUCUCCAUUGUCAGAAGAUGACGGAGAAAAGGUGGAUGAGGCAGACAUCAAAGUGGUGGAGAGGAAACUAUUUGUGGUGCCCUCGAAAUCGAGGAGAAAAAAGAAAAGUUCUGCGGCAGAAGAUGUCAGGCAGGAAAAAGCAAAUGAAAGCUUUGAAACUGACGUGAGAGCAGAGCAUUCUUUGGCGUCAGUGAUCUGUAAGAUGGAGGACAAGCGUAAGAAGAAGAAGAUAAAGAAAAGGGUUGAGGACUUUGAGCAGUUAGAAACAGUUACUGAACCUCCAAAUGCUGAUGCUGAGACACGGAAGAAGAAAAAGGAAAAAAGGAAAAAACAAGAAGGGAUUGCAACUACAAAGGAAUGUGAAGAAGAGGAGGCAUCAAAUCGCACUUUAGAUUUGCCGCCAAUGUCACCAGAAAACUUAGAGGGAUUGGAAAUCUGUUCAGAAAAUGCUGCAGACUCUCAGGAAACAUUAGAAUCCAGUUGUGUUAAAAAGAAAAAGUACAAAAAGAAGCGAGUGUCAUGUUCUAAAGAAGCUACUCAAGGGUUAGAUAUCUCUUGCGGAAAUGGAAAUGAAAAGGUUGAUAAUACCCAAAAAACAAAGGAGGGCCUUGAAGACCAAAAUGCUAAUCUGACGGAAAAAAUGAAGAAGAAAAGGAAGGAAAUAUUAAGCAGCAAUUUAUCUGAAGACAACUCGCCGCAAAGCAAUGAUUUAGUGUCUGUGCAGGAAAAGGAAGAGAAAAGGACCUCAUCCUUCCGUGUUGCUGAUGCAGAAGAUAAUGAUGCUCAGACACCCGUGGAACUAAAUGACAACGGGGUUAGGAAAAAGAGAAAGCUGUCAGCAGCGCAGGACAGUGUUGAAAUAAAUCCUGAGCAGGGUUUUGAGGAACCCAACACGGGGGUGAAAAGGAAGAAGAAAGAAACGGGAAAUGAAACCGAGUCGGUAACCCCCGCGCAAACUUUGAAAAGUGCAGGUGAUGUGGAAUUUUCUCCAACUGAUGAGACUGUGGUGUUGAAAAAGAAAAAGAAGAAAAAGUCUAAAGUUGAGCCAUGCAAUGUGAUACGAGAGGAUCCAUCUGCCUCUAAAGAUGUUGAAUCAGUAAAGUCUUCACUCAAAGACUGUAGCUCAGUUUCACACAAGAGAAAAGACAAACGUGCUCCCAGUGCUGAGACUUUUCACUCAGAAACUGAGAUGUUGCUUUCAGACAUUAUCGUUAAAAGCAAAAAGGUCAGACGAAAACUUCAUAAUCCAAUUGAGGAUUUCUAUGACCUCUCAGUUUAGGUGAAUGGUAGACAAAGUGAUGGGGUUGAUUGAUUUGAGUUUUAAAAUAAUUCUGGAUACCCUAACACACAAAAUGACUGAUACAUUACAUGUCAUUUUUCUUUUCUUUUUUCUUUUUUUUUUAGAGACAAAUGCAUCGGACACUUUCUCUAUCGAUUACAUGGACAAUGUUUUCAGUUCGAAGCUGUGACAAUUUCUGUUUUUUUGGUGUUUUGUAUCGAAGCAUUUCACCUUUUUGGUGUUACAAUAAACUUGUAAAGGAUUAA